GACCUUGAACCGCCAUCGCCGCAACAGCCCAUUGCACAACUUGCACACGGUCUCGAUCGUGUCCUUUUUAAUCCUGGAGUCAGUUGGUUGCAAGACCCGCGUUCAAAUGUUUAUAACUACACGACGUGGCUAGAAAACGUCCCAUCGGUCAAGGACUUCGCUUUCGAGCGUUUGGGAGGUUUCAUCAGCAGUUCUCGAGAUCAAGAUCUUUGGUCGCUAGCAAGGAGCGAAAAGCGAACAUUCGCAGGAUCAACCUCGUCUCUUUCUGGCCUGCUGAGCCAUAUCUAUUUCUUGAUCUCGGGAGACAAGCGUGUCAACACGACAUCGCUGAGUCGACAUUUCCAGUACGAGCCAACGAACUUCACUCCUGGUCAACGUAUGCCUGCGUCAGUCGUGUUAAAGCACAGCGAUGGCGUGUAUGCGAUCGAUUCCUUAAGUCUAAUUCCCGGAAGUUCGGAGAAGAAUGUAUUGACGUGGAUGGGCACUGUCCUCGAGAAAUUCCUCACGAUGCCCAAAGAGCAAUUCUCUCGACUGUUACGUUCAUCUCCUGAUCCUACAGAAGAACCCGAGUCUAAGCGCGAGGCAUAUCGAUAUUCAAAGUCGGACAAAUUCGUCAUGCGCUCCCAGCUAGAUUGUUACGAUUCCCGUUUACCGGGCACAGGAGUGUUUGAUAUCAAGACCCGCGCUGCGGUUCCCAUUCGUUUAGACCUAAUGAACUACGAGGAGAAUUCCGGAUACAUCAUUCGCACACUUCAGGGCCCACUCGAGAGCUUUGAGAAGGAGUAUUACGAUCUUAUCAGAUCGGCCUUUCUCAAGUAUAGCUUUCAGGCACGCAUAGGGAAUAUGGACGGUGUCCUCGUCGCGUAUCAUAACACAGCACGUAUCUUUGGAUUCCAGUACGUCCCCCUUUCGGAGAUGGACUCAUGCAUUUUUGGAAGUGAAGGUCGCGGAGAUCGCGUCUUCGAGAAGUGUGUUCAAAUGAUGGAGGCUAUCAUGACCGAGGCAGUACAUCAAUUCCCGGACCAGUCCAUUAGAUGCGUCACAGAAAAGAAAGAGGGCAGCGACGUGUUGCAGGUUUUCCUUGAACCUGCCGACUGGAACGAGGAAACUCAGGGCCCUACGCCCAUCGUUCAGUUGGACGUCACGGUUGUGAACUACGCCGGCGACACGGAGGUGCGGGGAUCUACGGCCGUUGCGAGAUCAGACCUUCCUUGGACAAUUCUAUACUCCAUAUCCAUUCCAUCGCUCUCGCUGCGCGAGAUUCGCGGGAACCUGAGCGAGGUCAUCAGCCGACAGUUCUUUGCAUAUAAUCUCCCGUCUGGUGUCAGC